GCCCCUCCGGGCCUCAGCGUCUGCACAAUGUGGCGACAUUGUCCCGGCGUCGCCGCGCGGACUGAGCCCGUGUGAAGGGGCCACUUCCAGUCAACGCUCAGCGCAGGGCGCCCGCGCUCGUUCCGGGCCCGGGGCCUGUCCGCUAGCGGGUCCGCCCGAGGUGCCGGGAGAGCCGGUCGGGGACCGGGACGCCGACCCGGCCACUGAGGGCGCCGCAGCCCCCGUCGGUCCCCGGCCCCGCGGGCAUCGUGGGCCGUGAGGGAGCCGUCCUGCGCUCCCCGCCUUCAGGUCGAGGUCUCCGAGGGGCGAGCUCCGCGCUGCUCACCCUUCCUGAGACCAGAGGAAACGGCGUCCGCGGACCGUGCUGGUGGAGACUCUGUCUCUUUUGGCUCUUCCGAGGCGCCGUAGACGGACUCCGACGCUGAUCCGUUCACUUCAUCUUCCGGUGGACGACUGGCCCGCUGGCCCGCCAGCUCCCGAUGGAGGACAGAGGUUCCAUGGCCUCAGAGGAGGACCGCCGGGGCCAGGGCGGGAGCCUCUCCCUGCCAGCGCCGCCAGAGGGCCCUGCCGCGCAGACCGCCUCUGAGCCCAGCAAGGCCCGGUCCUUGGCCCACAGGCAGCCGUGCAGAAGGAACGGGCUGUCGAAGCUCUGCCAGAGCAGGACGGCGCUGUCCGGUAGGCAGCCCUUCUCAUCGCCGGGGGCGUCUGCCUUGCCUGUGAAAGUGGGGGCCACGCCAGGCUCCGCUCAGGGGCUCUGCUCCUGCAGAGAAAAGGCCUUCGUUUCAGGAGACAGAUGGAGCUCCUACUGUCUGUCGUCAUUGGCUGCCCAAAAUAUUUGCUCAAGCCAAUCGCACGUCCUGGCGGCGCCUGAGCAGGCGGACCUGGCAGGGUCCCUGGGCAGCACGUCUUGCUGUUCCCUGCUGCGGGGCUUGUCCUCAGGGUGGUCCACACCUCCGCUCCCGGCCCCUGUGUGCAACCCCAGCAAGGCCGUGUUCACCGUGGAUGCCAAGACCACAGAGAUCCUGGUGGCCAGCGACAGAGCCUGCCGGCUCCUGGGGUACAGCAGCCACGACCUGAUUGGCCAGAAGCUCACACAGUUCUUCCUGAAGCCGGAGUCCGACGUGGUGCAGGCCCUCAGUGAGGAGCACGUGGAGGCCGACGGCCACGCCGCCGUCGUGUUCGGCACGGUGGUGGACGUCGUGAGCCGCAGUGGGGAGCAGAUCCCGGUCUCUGUGUGGAUGAAGAGGGUGAAGCAGGAGCACAGCCUCUGCUGCGUGGUCGUGCUGGAGCCAGUGGAGAGGGUCUCGGCCUGGGUGGCUUUCCAGAGCGACGGAACCGUGACGUCCUGUGACAGUCUCUUUGCCCAGCUGCACGGAUUCACAUCUGGGGAGGAGGUGGUCGGGAAGCGCAUCACAGACCUUAUCCCUGCUGUGCAGCUCCCGCCGCCCGGCGAGCGCAUCCCCCAGAGCCUCAAGAUUCAGAGAUCUGUCGGAAGGGCCAAGGAUGGUGCCGCCUUCCCUCUGAGCUUGAAGCUGAGCCCUAGGCCCGGCAACGCGGAGGCAGCGGACGGCAAGGCGGCCCCUGACCGGGGCUACUCGGCCUCCAUCUGGGUGUUCACCACCAUCAGCGGGCUCAUCACCCUCCUGCCGGACGGGACCAUCCACGGCAUCAACCACAGCUUUGCUCUGAUGCUGUUUGGUUAUGGAAAGGAUGAGCUCCUGGGCAAGAACAUCACUUUCCUGAUUCCUGCUUUCUACCACUACAUGGACCUUGCCUGUGACAGUUCCUUUCUGCUGCCGGACGUGGCCAACUGCCUGGACGCUGGCAGCCACAGUGGGCCUGGGGAGACCACCGGGGAUGCCCAGCACACAGCCGAGGAUCUAAGGGUGAACACCGAGACCCCAAAGCCAGUGGAGAGUCAGGCCGCCCCCCCCAGGGCCCAGGUUCCUGCGGACGCCGGAGGCCGCCUCGCCUUCUCCCUCCCGGCGCUGCCCACUCUGGGGGUGGACAGCGUCCCAGCAGGAAGCCGGCCAGCCCACAGCGAACACUCAUUAUCCAAGGACCGGCAGAACGUGCCAGAAGGAAGCCCGCCAGCCCAUGGCCCACAGCCGUCACCCCAGGACCAGCAAAAUACCCCAGAGGGAAGCCCGCCAGCCCAGGAACAGUCACUGCCCGAGGGCCAGCGAAGCAUGCCAGGGGGAUGCCCGUCAGCCCCUGGCCAACGGUCGUCGCCAGAGGACCAGCAGAGCACUGUCUUAGAGAAAGAGCGGCUGGCAACAGCAGAGAGCCUCAGGCAGGACCUGCUGGGAGGAAACAGGUCUGGGCCAGUGGACACAAAACCACGUGCUUCCCAUGAAGAUUCUGAAACACCAGUGCCAAGUGCAGAUGGGACCAGUGGUGCUGCAAGGGGUGGCCUGUAUCAGGAGACACAGCUGGGGCGGAGGGGCUCGAGUGGCGCCAGCGAUUCAAACCACGGGGCUGAUGGCCCCAAGGCCGGGCCCCACGCUGCGGCUCAGCCGGCCGGGCAGGCCCUCCCGGUGCGCGGCCCUGGAUUCGAGGGAGAGUGGCGCGCCCAGCGGGGAAGCCCGGACUCGGCCCCCAGCCCCUCGGGGGCGGUGCAGCCCUUGCUCUCGACGCCUCCUUUGGCUGGGCCGUGGCUGGGGACGUGCUUGAUUAAGGAGCAGCUGUGCGCAUCGAGCUUCGCGGGGCCUUGGGGUGUCUCCUACGCUGAGCAGCCCCCGCCCUCCGCCCCUGCGUCCUUGUGUGACCUGGGAGGCACAGACCCGCACGGCGGCCGCUCGGGCAGCUCCUCGGCCUGCUACGCCCUUGCCACUGACCUGCCCGGUGCCCUGGAGGCCGCGGAGGCCCGGGAGGCUGGCGAGAAUUUGUUUUCCUGGAACCUCAAGGAACUCGUUUUCAGCGAAUGGACAGACCGAACUUCUUCGAACUGUUCCUGCGCUACGUCUGAGCUCAGGGGGACCUGCUCCCCUUCGCUGGGGGUCUCUGAUGUGGACGUGAGCGGUUUGCGCAGGCAGAGGUCAGAAGUCCUGGACCACCGGGAGCUGUCGCUGCUGACCGGCGCCUACUUCAGUCUGGGUGGAGGCCGGCGGUCCCGCGAGGCCGGUCUGGAACUGGAUGGAACCGAACCAUCGCACAUGUGCUUGGCGUCCUCCGAACAUGAUGACCUGGAUGAGAGCCCGGACCGCGUCCCUCCUGUGUCGGGAGCCGGCCCCGUGGGCGCGUCCCCGCUAGAGGCACCCAGGCUGAGCCUCCAGGCCACCUCCACGCCUGUGAGAGCAGACGGCCCUGCGCCGCUGGGGGCCGCCGACCUGCAGCCUGAGAUCCAGGAGGGCGCCUACGCGGGGAGCUGUUACCACCGAGACGGCUCACAGCUGGGUGUGCAGUUUGAAGUGAAGCGGGUGGCGCUCCAGGGCUCGUCCGCCCUGUUCUGCUGCUGGCUGGUGAAGGACCUGCUGCACGGUCACCUGGCCUCGGCCCCGCGGACCCGCCUGUUCCUGAGCAGCCUGCCCAGCUCCGCCCACUCCACCUGCGAGCUGUCUGGAGCCAGCCUGGGGCAGGUGCUCGCGAACAAACCCUGGUUUGAGGAGCCCCCCGAGGCCGUGGAGCUGGAGGGGCUGGCGGCCUGCGAGGGCGCGUACUCCCGCAAGUACAGCACGCUCAGCCCCAUCGGCAGCGGGGCCUUCGGCUUCGUGUGGACGGCGGUGGACCAGGAAGCGAAUAAGGAGGUGGUGGUGAAGUUUAUUAAGAAGGAGAAGGUUUUGGAGGAUUGUUGGAUUGAGGAUCCCAAACUUGGGAGAGUGACUUUAGAGAUUGCCAUCCUGUGCAGGGUGGAGCAUGCCAACAUCAUCAAGGUACUGGAUGUAUUUGAAAACCAAGGGUUCUUUCAGCUGGUCAUGGAGAAGCACGGCUCCGGCCUGGACCUCUUUGCAUUCAUCGACCGCCAUCCCAGCCUCGAUGAGCCCCUGGCGAGCUACAUCUUCCGACAGCUGGUGUCAGCAGUGGGAUACCUGCGCUCCAAGAGCAUCAUUCAUCGGGACAUCAAGGACGAGAACAUCGUGAUCGCUGAGGACUUCACAAUCAAGCUCAUAGACUUCGGCUCGGCUGCCUACCUGGAGAGGGGCAAGCUGUUCUAUACCUUCUGUGGGACAAUUGAGUACUGCGCUCCCGAAGUCCUCAUGGGAAACCCAGACGCUGCUGCCCAAGUCUCUCGGGGCCAGACUGUCCCCCCGCCAGAGCUCCAGACCCGAGGGACCAACCGCGGUGGGCGGCACGGGGGCUGGUGCGUGGGGGCCGUCAGCCUGGCUUCCGUGCCCGCCCAGCAGCGGCCUCACCUCUUCUCUGUGGAACCAAGGUGAUAUGUAUUUUGCUGGUUUGCUGUGAGGAUGAGGGUUAAAGCAUGUAUGUGCCUUGCAGAGCGCCAGCAUCUCACAGGUGCCCAGGAAGUGGUGGCUGGAAUGAGGGUGUUUAUAAGCACAGGCGAUGACGAAGAGCACCCCGGGGAGCUGCCUCCCUGCAGCCUGCUUCCCCAGCCGGCCGGCUGCCUGCGCUCCCUCUCCCCAUGCCCCUCUCACUCGCUCUCCUCUAUCCUGCGCCGCUGCCUCGCCUCAGCCUUAAGGAUGCUCACCCGUGCCAGUCUCGCCUUGAGCAUCCUUCACAUCUUUCUGAAGCUGCCUGUGGCUCCCCGGGGCCCCUAGCGAGCCGAGUUCCUGUGGGCCUGGCGCCUGGCUCUCUGCCUGCGCUCCCGGGCCUUCUCCUCCAGGAAGCCCCCGGGGAGACACUCUGCUCUGCCCCCGUGCCAUCUCCUGACUGGCUCUCAGCUGCCUGAGAGGAGCUUUGCUUUUCCUCUCCCUCCGCAGCACGUGGCCGACGCCCGGCUGGGGGCGGAGGUGCCGGCGCUGAGGACGUGGUCGAGGAGUGUGGCGUGUCUUCCUGGAAGCCGCUCUCGGGUGACUUGUGGGGGUGCUGGGCUCACGUGCGGGGCUGGCCCAGCGCCCCGAGUGCUUUGUCUCCUUCCUGCAGUUACAAGGGGCCGGAGCUGGAGAUGUGGUCGAUGGGCGUCGCGCUGUACACGCUGAUCUUCGAGGAGAACCCCUUCUGCGAGCUGGAGGAGACCUUGGAGGCCGCGAUAAACCCCCCGUACCUGGUGUCAGA